AUGUCGGGUGCGGUUAUGUGGGUGAUUUCUCCCACAGAUAAUGGGAGAUCAAUGGUGAAAUUGAAGGGAAUUUCAGGAAAAAGAAUCAGGAGAAAUGUCUCAAAAAUGAAACACUUAAAUGGGUUUCAGGUUUUUUCGAGUAUGGUUGCCCACACACCAAGUGGUGCAGUUUUCACACGAUCAGAACAGAAGGUGUAUGAUGUGGUUUUGAAGCAAGCUGCUCUAGUGAGAGAAAAGAGGAUCUCUGAUCUAGUUUUCGAUGUGAAACCAGGCAAGGCCAUGCCUGCUUCCUUGGACCUCCUCAAUGGCGCUUAUGAUCGGUGCGGCGAGGUUUGUGCAGAGUAUGCCAAGACUUUUUACUUGGGGACGCUGCUUAUGACCCCGCAAAGACAAAGGGCUAUAUGGGCUAUUUAUGUAUGGUGUAGGAGGACAGAUGAACUUGUGGACGGCCCAAAUGCUUCGCACAUUACACCAACGGCUCUGGAUCGAUGGGAGAGAAGAUUAAAUGAUCUCUUUCGAGGCCGGCCCUACGAUAUGUUUGAUGCAGCUCUUUCAGAUACAGUCUCCAAGUUCCCAGUGGAUAUCCAGCCAUUCAAAGACAUGAUAGAAGGCAUGAGAAUGGACUUGAGGACGUCAAGAUACAAGAACUUUGAUGAGCUCUACCUCUACUGUUAUUACGUUGCCGGAACGGUCGGGUUGAUGAGCGUUCCGGUUAUGGGAAUUGCAGCGGAUUCCAAUACAUCAACGGAGAGUGUCUAUAAUGCCGCAUUGGCCUUGGGAAUAGCCAAUCAGCUCACCAACAUACUGAGAGACGUAGGAGAAGAUGCUAGAAGAGGAAGAAUAUACCUCCCACAAGAUGAGUUGGGACGUGCGGGGCUAUCAGAUGAUGACAUUUUUGCCGGAAAAGUGACAGAGAAGUGGAGAAAUUUCAUGAAGGAGCAAAUAAAGAGGGCAAGGAUGUUCUUUGAUGAAGCUGAGAAGGGAGUGGUGGAUCUAAAUCCUGCAAGUAGAUGGCCGGUUUGGGCCUCUUUGUUGAUAUAUCGUCAAAUAUUAGAUGCAAUUGAAGAUAAUGACUACAACAAUUUCACUAAGCGUGCAUAUGUUCGGAAAUUGAAGAAGAUUGCUUCAUUGCCGGUUGCUUAUGGUAAAACUCUCAUGAGAAAGCCGAGGACUCGUAGCAUAUAGGUUAAAAGUUUGGUAAAAUUAUUUAUUUUUGUUGUAGAAUAUGAACUAGUUAAAGGGCAAAAAAAUGGUGCAAAAUGUUGAAAGUCA